AUGGCGGCGCCCCGUAAAACGGCAUGUUCGCAGACUUACAGCGGCUGCAACUUCUUUCGCCAACGCCUCGUGCUGUCUACCUUGAGCAGCAAGCCGAUCGAGAUCAAGAACAUACGACACAAAGACGAAGAACCCGGGUUGAGGAAGUUUGAGGUUGACUUGCUCAAGCUGUUAGAGAAGGUCACAAAUGGAACUGGUGUUGAAAUAAACGAAACAGGCACUUGCGUGCGCUAUAGGCCCGGCCUGCUUUAUGGCGGCAAGCUGGAACAUGACUGCUCGACAGAGCGGUCGGUUGGCUACUACCUGGAAGCCCUGCUGUGCUUGGCUCCUUUCUGCAAGAAGCCGCUGGAUGUCACACUAACGGGCGUCACGCACCAUCCUCUUGACCCUUCGGUGGAUGCCCUCAAGCAUGCGAGCCUGCCAGUGCUGGGUCGCUUCAUCUUCACGGAGGGCCUCGACAUAACAGUCAUGAGCCGUGCAGUGGCACCCCUGGGCGGUGGCCGCGUGCGCUUCCGUUCGCCCAUCUGCCGCUCGCUGCGGCCCGUGCGCCUUCAAAACUCUGGCAAGGUGAAGCGAGUGCGCGGGUGGGCAUUCACGGUGCGGGUGUCACCCACGGUGGCCAACCGCGUUGUGUCAGCCGCCAAAGGUGUCCUGCUGGGUUUCCUGCCGGAUGUAUACCUCUACACCGACCACACUGGAGGUGCCCAGGGUACAAGGUCCCCGGGCUUUGGCAUCUGCCUGGUGGCUGAAACGACCCAGGGUGCCUUCCUCUGUGCGGAAGCCAUGUCUAACCCAGCUGGAGUCGUGGAGAGCCCCAGUGUGCCCGAGGAUGUCGGAGAGCAGGCAGCUCGUGCGUUGCUUCGUGAAAUAUAUCGGGGCGGUUGUGUUGAUUCAUCUAAUCAAGGUCUGGCAGCCUUGUGCAUGUGUCUUGGUCCCCCCGAUGUCUCCAAGUGCAUUGUGGGACCACUUACACCUUACACGAUACAGAUGCUACGUCACCUCCGAGAUUUCUUUGGUGUGACCUUCAAGGUGGAAGGUGACUGCCCAGGAGAGGGGGCACCCAAGGUCCAGCUCACAUGCGUAGGAGUUGGAUUCAGCAAUCUGGCAAAGACGACAUCUUAGCAUCGUCACUACAGUGUCAUCUUUCUGCCCUUAUCGAUCCUGUAACUUUGUUUUAUUGAAACAUUACUUGUAAAUAAAAAUUGUUCCAUCUACUCUG